CAACAUUGGAUGUCAAAAAAAAAUUGAGACAAAGUCAACCAUGAGAUCCAUUAAGAUGUCGUGAACUCCUCUGUGGUAACUGUGACGACAUAGAUUAUGUACUGUCUUCUAUCACAAAAUCUUAAAAGCCGAGAAGAACAUAACAUAGUGAAGAGAUCACAACAGCUAAGCAGUCGAGAUAAGCCUGGACAGUUGUACGCCUUUGUGACAAUACUGUGAAGAUGAACUUUCCUUGUUUCGCUUUUCCCUUGGCGUUGCUUGUAGCAGUUCAGCUCAACACUUUUACAUGGGCUGCAAUGAAUGUGACAAAAACCUCAGAUUAUGAUGAGCAAGGAAAACACCUGGGUGAACAACCACUACGUAGCAUGGAAAUAGAGUGCGAUCUUGACUCAUUCUCAUUGGGUAAUAGUAAACCAACCUUUCCAGAGCAGCCAGGUGUCACCCUUCCCCUCUGCCAAGGCGAGUAUUACGCCACUCUCUACGAUAACAAUUCGGGAAUUGCGCGUUACUCACUCUACAAGAUUACCGCCGCACAAGCCACGGCAGCCAAAGUAGGGAGACCUAGAGGUGACCCAUGGAAAUUGAAUCAGACGCCAGGUAAGUUAAUUAAUAUUCAUCAAGGAAGCAAAGCAUUGUAUCAGAACCAACCUAUCCAGGGUACAUACGAUAGAGGUCAUCUGGUUCCUGUUAACAUCUUAAGUUACAGCCAUAAAAGUGCUCGUGAUACUUUCAUCUACACCAACUGCGUGCCACAAAUUGCAGGUUUCAACAGAGGUCAGUGGAACAAGUACGAAAGGAAAAUAAAGAUAUACGCCCGGAAAACUUGUUCACAGAACGGCGGAACUCUUUACCUAAUCACUGGCACAUCGAAGGUUAAGUUUGUUUGGACACUAUAUGGUCAAGGUCAAAUAACCGGGUCGGAGGAACCUCUGCAAUGGUUCCAUAACAACGCGGAUGUAAACGACAGGAUCGCAAUUCCGAACUCGAUGUGGACGGUGGGCUGUUGUUUGAACUCUAACGAUGAAGUCGUGGGAGCGUUUGGUGUAAUGGGUGAUAAUUCUAUUAACAAAAAGCGCUUAAAUAAAUUUAUGAUGUCUAGACAAACCGUCGCAGAUGUUGAAAGCGCCCUUCAAUUAGAGGAUCCAACAAUUAAAUUGUUUCCUAGCGAAGAAGGCGAAGGUUGCUAUUAUCCAGAAAAAAACGUUAAAUUGAAUGAUAUAUGA